ACUCAAACUAUGAAGAUCCAGUGCGACGUCUGUCACAAAGCCGAGGCCCAAGUUUACUGCACCGCCGACGAAGCCUCCCUAUGCUCCGCCUGCGACCACCGUGUUCACCAUGCUAAUAAGCUCGCCAAUAGACAUCCGCGUUUCUCUCUCCUCCAUCCUUCUCUCAAAGACUCCCCUCGCUGUGAUAUCUGUCAGGAGAGGAGAGCGUUUCUGUUUUGCAAAGAAGAUCGAGCAAUUUUGUGCAGGGAGUGCGACAUUCCGAUUCACAAGGCGAACGAACACACGCAGAAACACACUCGAUUUCUUCUCACUGGCGUUAAACUCUCGGCAUCGUUAUCGUGUUAUGAUGAUUUAUCGCAUCAAACUCCAUCGUCGUCGAAUUCCAACUGUUCGAUUGAAAUCGAAAGCACAAAAGGCUCUGGUGUUUCGAUCGAUCAAAAAAGUGUUUCAAUAACUAAUCAUUCAGAUUAUAGUGUGAGCUUUAGCCAAGAAGAAGGUGCUUCAAUGGAGGCCAGGAGUAUUUCUGAGUAUUUGAUGGAAACGUUGCCCGGAUGGCAUGUUGAUGAAUUCCUCGAUCCUUAUGGCUUCUGCUUAUAACAAGCGUAUUGCCAUUUAUGGCAUAUGAUCCGACAGCCAUGCCAAUUUUAGGUUGUUCAUGACAUGGGCAUUUGUGUAAAUUCCUCUUCACAUCAAGAAUGUUGGUCAAAGGGACUCAUCAAUGAAGUUUAAUCAGAGAGAUCCAUGUAGACCAACAAACACAGUUUUCUCCUUUCAAUUUUCAUCAUCCAAAGUGUAAAUAAACGAAAUCCCACUUUUGCCCUUGUGGUUUUUUUUGGGGGGUGUUGUGCCUUUGUU